AUGUCCUCACGGCACUUCAACCUGUUCAGCGGGUUGAAGUUCCAACCAAUUGAAAGCAAAUUGACGGAGUCAGAGCUCGUAGAGUGCGAGGAACACAUGCCAAAGCUCAUGUGGCACCUCCGCAACAUCUUGUGCGAUGGCUCAAGUGAGCGCUUUGACUACACCAUCCAUUGGAUGGCGCAUGCCGUUCAAAAACCUUGGAAGAAGAUGGGCGUUGCCCUAGUAUUUCGAGGCGGGCAAGGGAGCGGAAAGUCGUCGUUGUGGAGAUUCUUUGGACGCAUGAUCCUCGGCGUCAGGUAUUGUCUUUACUGCAACCAGAUUGAAACGAUGAUUGGCAAAUUCAAUUCACUAGGAGCCAACAAGCUUCUCAUUGUCUUUGACGAGGCGAGCAAUUGGGGCGGAGCAUUUCGAAUGAACGAUCGAAUGAAGUCGCUAAUCACUGAGGACGAGACGUGUUUAGAGCACAAAGGCCGCGAUCCAAUCACAGUGCAGGACAAGAGCAACAUUGUGUUCACUACGAACAACUACUGGCCUGUGAAACGGGAUUCGGAUGAUCGCCGAUAUGCUUGCCAGCAGUGCUCUAAUGCCAAGAUGGGAGACAAGCCAUACUUUGAUGCACUCCUGGCAGAGUUGGAGAAACCUGAGACUCCAUAUCACCUCCAUCGAUACCUGUCAUCCAUUGACAUUUUCCACUGGGAUCCCCAAAAAGUGCCGGUCACGGCUUGGGGAGAGGGUUUGAAGGAGCACUCAAUCCCACCUCAUGUCAAUAUGAUGCAAGCGCUUCUUGAGAACGGCUGCUUCCAUCCUUCUUUGGAGACGUGGGUUGCAUCAACCGACAUCAAGCGGACAUUUGACACCUUCUUGCUUCAAUUGGAUAUCAAGGAGGAUCCACAUACCGAUGUCAACAUCUUGAUGCGCUCUCUCAACUCCAUUUUUAAUAUGAGGCCGCAGGCUCGCUCGAUCCAGGGGGUGCGGACCCACAAGGGAUGGUGGUUCUCCCCACAGGGCGCUAUCUGCGAGGCCCUCCACAAAGGCAAGCUUCUGAGCACGACCGUGGAAUGGGUGGACACCUGGCAACGGCACGAAUACACCGAAGAUGAAGAGGGGCCGUGGAUGACCAAUCCAGAAGCUUUCAAGAAGCUGAUUGGUGAUCCAAAAGAGUUGCGGCAAUCUGCUGCAGCGCAAAAGUGCUCGUUCUGCUUGAACAUUCAUCAGUGGGAGAGUCUCCUCAACACCCCCGUCACCACAUGA